AUGGCGACCAAUCAUUCUCGUCCCCUCGUUCCUGCAGAUGGACCUGGGCCCUUGCUUGCCCCUGUCCAACUGGCGCCGAGACGAAACGCCCGAUCCAAGCAGCGGUUUUACCGAGCCAGCAGGCCUAAAGUCCGCAGUGGUUGCUUGACCUGCAAGACACGCCGCGUCAAGUGUGAUGAGGGCAAGCCAGCAUGUGCUCGGUGUAUCCGAGGAGAUUUCGUCUGCGACGGCUAUGAGACUCAAGAGGCCCUAUCAGUCACGAAGCCAGAGACUGCUCUCCCGGCUCAGGUUGUACCGAUAAAGUUCUUACCUCUCGCUCCAUCAACGCUCCCAGAGCUUGAUGGCCACAGUGUACCGUACCUUGAUGCCUUUCGAUAUCACGUGGCCCCAGAUCUUUCUGGAAGCUUUUACAUGGAUUUCUGCGAGGGCACGAUUCUUACUGGCGUACACCAGGAUGACUCCAUCCGUCAGCUAGUACUAGCACUUGGCGCACUAACCCUUGCCAUCGCCGAUGACGCCCGGGAGACGAAACAGUCCAUUGUCCAAUCGAGACCUUCACCUCUCAAAGCCUGGGGCCCAAGCAGUGUGAAAAAUAGAAACCACGCUGCUUCACUAAAGCAUUACCUCAAAGGUGUUCAGGGUCUCCGUGAGCGAUUAAAUGUCGACCCAGCUCACGUUUCUGUACGGACCAUGACAGUCAUGACAAUUCUGAUGGCCUUGUAUGAGAUCUUGCAGGGGAAUCAUCGGUCGGUGGACAGCAUACUGAAAAGUGUGACCGCUCUGCUAAACGAACAUCUUGCACAGAAAAGGUGCACUGAAGGCAGUAAGGAUGAAAUCACCUCGGUUCAACAUACCUUCCUCUGCUUCUCCAUGAUGUGUCAAUACUCCCGCCAAAUCAUAUCCGCCAUACCAAUCUACAUGCAGAUAAAAACAGUCUCGGCCACCGAACCGCCAGUAUUUGGUGUAGAUUUACCAAAGUCACUUCUUGGUCGGUGGAGAUUGUUUAACAGCGCUAUGAUGGCGUAUAUAGGGCAGGCCCAUGAUGUAGUGACGUCAAGCGACACGGAAUUCAUCAAGUCAUUUCAUCAACGUGGUAAAAUCCUAUACAAGCAAGCUCUGUCGUGGGGUGAAGUGAUUCGGGCCUAUCUUAAGAUUUUGCUCGACAGUUGCACCGAGUGGUUGAAGGAGCAGGUGCGCAACGGCGUUCCCCGUCAUAUCACCCUGGGCGAGGGUAUUCUUCUUCCUUUAUCCGCCAUCGUUCGCCUCUGUCGAGUCCACGAUGUCCGAAUGGAGGCGCUUUAUCUCAUCCAAGGUGUGACCUGGCAAGAAGGUGCUUGGGAUCCUCAGUUUCUCGCCCAGGGAGAGCUUGGUACCGUGGUGAUGGAGGAGCGAGGGAGGGAAGAGAAUGGGUAUAUACCACCGUCCUCCAGGUGGCUUUGGGUGAGCAACGUGGAUGGAGAAAGUGAAAGUGACGAUCCCUGCGGAUUCUAUUUUUCCCGCUUCUUGGAUGAGAAUGGACAGCCUGUUAUACGCGUGAUACCAUACGCGAGCACAUGGUGGAAGGAAGUAUGUGAGAUUUCGGUUUGUAAGAAGGACCAUGCUUGCCGAUCGAGAGAGGUGUUUGGGAGUGGUGGAGAAAUAGAUAGAUAG